GUUUGAUGAGUUGCUGUCUUCCUUGCUUGACCUUUGGAAAGACUCAGGCCCGAGUCAAAAAUCCGACCCUUUCCAAUUUCAGCUACUGCAACUCGGAUUGCGGCCUGUUUACUUGCCUCGGUUUCGUUUGGUCACACUGGAUCCUGCAGACGAUUCGUCGUAGCGAACUGCGUCAACAGUUUGGAAUCAAGGGUAAUUGUUGCGGGGAUUGUUGUGCUGUUUUCUGGUGUUCUUGUUGUGCAAUUAUCCAAGAAGAAAAGGAAGCCGAGCUCCGGACGCGCCCUGCUGCCCAGGCGGCGUACCAGCCGACAUCUGGGAUGGUCUACCCACAGUAG